ACUGGUAUGACGAUCCCCUCGUGGGACUUCUCGGGCUCAACGAUGGUGACGACCAGCUUUAUUAGGAUAACCCCCGACCAACAGUCCCGGAUGGGAGGCCUUUGGAAUAAAAUUCCCUUUGACUUCCGGAAUUGGGAAAUACAGAUACAUUUUAAAGUGAGCGGACACGGCAAGGACCUGUUCGGUGACGGAAUGGCCUUUUGGUACAUCAGAGACCCUCUUAAGCCGGGCAAUGUUUUUGGAAAUUCUGACUUUUUUGUUGGUUUGGGAAUAUUUUUGGACACUUAUGCCAAUCAGAAUGGGAUCCAUAGUCACGGUCACCCAUACAUCUCAGCGAUGGUCAACAAUGGCACCAAUCAUUACGACCACGACAGGGAUGGCACACAUUCAGAGAUGGCCGGGUGUGAGUCGAAGUUCAGAGGCUCCGAUCACGACACAUAUCUGGCCAUCAGGUAUGAGAACGACAUCCUCACUGUCAACACAAUGAUCGACGGAACGGGCGAUUGGAAGGAAUGCUUUACUGUGAAAGGGGUUCGACUGCCGACCGGCUAUUACUUUGGAGUGACGGCCGCGACGGGAGAUCUGAGUGACAAUCACGACGUGAUCUCAAUCAAGUCAUACGAACUGGAAGUGCCGUCAGUUAUGAAUCCACUGGAAGAUCGGUCUAAGAUUAUUCCGUCCGCCUCUAUAUUCGCGCCGCCGCGCGACCACACGCCAGACCCGCCCCCACCCAUGUCUGGCUUCAAGUUUUUCCUCGUUAUCCUCUGUGCCAUCAUUGGAGUCAUUGUCUGCGUUGUCGUCGGCAUUAUGGUCUUCCAGAAAAAUCAACAGAACUCUCGAAAGAGGUUUUACUAA